CGAAAUUUUCCGGAGGAAUAGCAAUGGCGGAAUCUUCGAAUCUCCAGUUGAUAGCGAGAGAGAUACUUGUGAGUGAAAGCUAUGAAGAACUAGCGAUGAUCGUCGAUAAUCUCUUUAAGCGUCAAGACUCUCAGCAAUAUAAAACAUCUCGAGCUCUGUACGAUUUCUGCGUCUCUUGUAACCCAGGUUGCUUAACCCUAAAGCUUCUUAAGCUCUAUCAAUCUUCUUCUAAUGGCGUUCUCAGAUUCCGAUCAAUCUAUCAACUCUCCGAAACUCUCACCGAUUUGAGAAAUCGCCAACUCUCUCUCGACUCUCUUUAUGAAAUCAAAGGGGUUUUGAUUUCAUGCUUGACAAUGGAAGAAACCAAAGAAUCUGACUUCAAGAUCCUUAGAAAAAUCGUGUCUUGUGUAGCUUACAAUGUUGUGGACUUGCAUAAAGACAAAUGGGACGAGCUUGGUGAUUGUAUCUUGACGUUAGUGAAUAGCAAAGAACCUGUUAAGGCUUUUCAUGUGUUCAUUGAUUUGCCACCAGUCUACAAGAGUUUCAUUGAUAAGUUCUUGCACAAAAUCUUAGAGGAAGCUAGUAAUGUCUUUCUUGAUCCUUAUAGUGUUGAAGAUUGGAGCUUGGCUUUACAAGUUUUUGUUAAGAUGUGGAUUCAGCUUGUGGAUACAGGGAUGAUGUUGGUGUUAUUAGAGGCGUUAAUGGGGAUUCGGGUUUCCUCUGUUGUGAAUUCAGUAAAGAAGCUAGUUAAGAAGGAUAAAGAAGAGUUUUUGGUACAAGGGCUUGAAGAUUUCGAGAGGUUCUUCUCACGAGAGAUGAAUCUGUAUAAGUACACUAAGGAUCAAUGCCAUUUUGUGUUGGAUUUAAUGAUCAAGAUCAAAGGAUUCGGGACACAUUUGACUAAGGAUAUUGUGAGAAAGAUCAUAAUGUUGGUUACAGAACCGGACAAUCAUGCCAUCAAACCACAGGAUGAUGAUCUUCAGAAUCGUAGGGAAGAGUUUGAACGUGGCUGGUAUGAUCAUUUGAAGAGUUUAUCUUCACUGGAAGUGUUAAAGAUCUUUGCUUCCACUGAUCUUGAAGAAAGGUCCAGAGAGAUGGCAAUCAGACGACUCAAUUGUUUACUAUCUGAUAACACUACAGAGAAGGUGGAAAUAGACAUUGCAGAGAUGAGAGAACUCCAACCAUUGAUUAUCUCUUGCUUAAAGGAAGAAGGAAUCUCUUUCAGUAUGUUCAAAGUCCUAGGUGAGGUGGUGAACCAUGUUGCUUAUGAGAUUUUGGUCUGUCAAGAGGAGACAUGGUACGAUCUACGCGAUUAUAUAGCAUCGAGUACAACAGAGUUUCAGAGAGCGGUUUAUAUCUUCCAAUGCUUAUUAAUGAAGUUUGAUGAUAAAAAGUUUUUGUAUCCUGUGAUGGAUAACCUUUACCAAGAGAUAAUCGAAAGGCUAGCCCCACCAGGAGAGGUGUUGGUAGACAACAGUUGCUGGGUUUUUGCGUUUACGGGUGCUUUCUGUGCAGCAAUUCACUUGAUAGAGGACCCAGGUUACGCUAACGCCGUUAGUGAGAUUGCAUAUAAGAUGAUAGAUUCUGUGAAAGAGAUUGUGGAAAGAGGAAUGGAAGUUGGGCUUGUGAGGAGAGCUUUCAGAGAUGUUGAAAUCAUUGUGAAGGAACAAUUGGAAUGGUACAGUACAAGCGAAUACAAAUUCGUUAAGGGUUUGCUUUGGAAACUCUAUGCAAUCAAAGGCAUGAAAUGGCAAAGUAAGAUUGUGUUGUGGAGAAUCAACGUGAUUAUCGAUAGAGACGUGGAAGAAGAGGAGAAAGAGCGGCCACAGAACGACCUUCAUUGGCUGAACCUUGCUGCUGCUGAUGAGGAGGUUAAAUAGAAAACUAGCUCCUUUGGUGUGUAGUCUGAAAUUGUGCAGAACCUUUUUUGAUGAAAUUGUGCAGAGUCUAGUUUUUUGGUGUAUAGGUUGCAUUGGAGAAGAAAAUAGUAAAGAAAGAGAUAUAUAGAGUUAGUUGUUGAAACACUUGUAAAAAAGCUUCCCAUUUUUCUCUUCAAUAAACCCUUUUAUCUUUA